AUAACCGGAGGAAAUUGUUACAGUCAGUGCUACUCCCCUCAGUUGAAAAUAUUAGAGCGACCCGGCACAUUUCCUAACAUUAUCGCCCUCGUUGCCCUGACAUCGCCGGCGUUUAAAUGCGCCGAGAGCUCCUUUUCGAUGGUCGGUCGGUGCUUGACACGAUGCCGACCUUUAUCAGAUUAUUAUGAACCAUUACACAGGUACAGAGCUAGCAGGUUAGCUGGUUGAAAGAACACCCAGGCUGGCGUUUAUUGUGACUGCGAGUAAGACGCGCUGCUUCAUCAUUUCCUCGUUUCGCGGAGCGGGAACAAAUCCAGACCUGCCGUGUCUGGACGCGCUUAUGUUUCGGUAUUUUAAUGAAGAUGGAGCUUUUUCAAGCUAAGGAUCAUUUUAUUCUCCAGAGCGGAGAUAACGCGCUGUGGUGCAGCAGGAAGGAUGGAUCUAUGACCGUGAGACCGGCAACUGACCUGCUACAUGCCUGGAACCCUGUCUGUUUGGGCCUUGUGGAGGGAGUUAUUGGAAAAAUACAGCUUCAUGCUGAUCUCCCCCUGGGCCUGAUUCUGAUUCGCCAGAAAGCGCUGGUGGGCCUGUUGCCAGGAGACCACAAAGUGUACAAGAUCACGAAGAUAGUAGUCAUUCCACUCUCUGAGGACGAACCACAAGAUCUGGAAUUAGAGCUCUGUAAAAAACACCAUUUUGGAAUCAACAAACCAGAGAAAAUCACCCAGUCACCGGAUGAGUCCAAGUUCCUGCUGAAGACACUGAAUCAGAUCAAAUCAAAUGUUGCCGUUCCCAUCAAGAAAAAGGUCAAAGAGAAUAAAGAGAAGGAACGCCUGGAGAAGAGGCUGCUUGAUGAGCUCUAUAAGAUAUUCAUGGACUCGGAUUCAUUCUACUAUAGUCUGACCUAUGACCUUACCAAUACAGUCCAGCGACAGGGAGCGUCGGGCAAGUCAGAGCAACCCCUCUGGAAAAGGGUAGAUGAUCGAUUCUUCUGGAACAAGCACAUGGUCAAAGAUCUCAUCGACUUGCAGGUGCCUCAGGUGGACCUGUGGUUGAUUCCGAUCAUCCAAGGCUUUGUGCAGGUAGAAGAGCUGGUGGUGAACUACAAUGAAAGCUCUGAUGAAGAGAAAAGCAGCCCAGAUACGCCUCUGCAUGAACCCACCUGUGUGGAUGACAUUCACCCGCGCUUUACCGUGGCCCUUAUCUCCAGACGAAGCCGUCACCGUGCAGGAAUGCGAUACAAGAGGAGGGGGGUGGACACAGACGGACAUGUGGCCAAUUAUGUAGAGACAGAGCAGCUAAUCCAUGUGCACAGUCAUACGCUGUCAUUUGUACAGACACGAGGCUCUGUUCCUGUGUUCUGGAGCCAAGCAGGAUAUCGCUAUAACCCCAGACCGCGGAUAGAGAAAGGCGAGAAGGAAACCAUGACUUAUUUUGCCUCUCACUUUGACCGGCAACUGGAGAUCUACAAAAAACUGGUCAUCAUUAACUUAGUCGACCAAAAUGGACGUGAGAAGUUGAUCGGUGAUACGUUUCUUAAACAAGUGCUUCUGUACAACAACCCCAACCUAACAUACGUUUCAUUUGAUUUCCAUGAACACUGUCGAGGGAUGAAGUUUGAGAAUGUUCAGACUCUCACCGAUGCUAUCUCUGACAUCAUCACUGACAUGAGAUGGGGCUGGGUGGACCAAGCAGGAGUCAUCUGCCAACAGGAGGGCAUCUUCCGGGUUAACUGCAUGGAUUGCCUGGACAGAACUAACGUGGUACAGGCUGCAAUCGCCCGUGCUGUCAUGGAACAGCAGCUCAAGAAACUGGGUGUAAUGCCACCUGAGCAGCCGCUGCCCCUCAAGUGUUACAGGAUCUAUCAGAUGAUGUGGGCCAACAAUGGAGACACCAUUAGCCGUCAGUACGCUGGCACAGCUGCCCUGAAGGGAGAUUUCACACGGACAGGAGAGCGAAAGUUAGCGGGUGUGAUGAAGGAUGGUGUGAACUCAGCUAAUCGGUACUAUUUGAACCGCUUCAGAGACGCCUACCGGCAGGCCGUCAUCGACCUCAUGAUGGGCCUUCCAGUAACAGAAGACCUGUAUUCCAUCUUCAGCAAAGAGAAGGAACAUGAGGAGAAAGAAAAGGAGAGUCAAAGAGGAGCUCAGGAGCAGGUCAGCUUCCUGCUGCAAACAUACAUGCAGCUGCUGUUGCCUGAUGAUGAGAAGUUUCAUGGCGGUUGGGCCCUGAUUGACUGCGAUCCAAGUCUCAUAGAUGCCACGCAUAAAGACGUUGACGUUCUUCUGCUGCUGUCCAACUGUGCUUAUUAUGUAGCUUACUACGAUGAGGAAGCAGACAAAGUCAACCAGUACCAGAGACUCAACUUAGAAGGUCUUGAAAAGAUUGAAAUUGGUCCAGAACCAACACUGUUUGGUAAACCUAAAUACUGCUGCAUGCGUCUGCAUUAUAUGAACGGUGAGAUAAGCGGUUACUUCCACACACUGAGAGCUGUCACACGGAAUCCAGAGGAUGAUGGGAAAGACACACUCCAGUGCAUAGCUGAAAUGCUUCGUAUUACAAAGCAAGCAAUGGGACUCGAUGUCCAGGUUGUUGAAAAAAAACUAGAGAGGAGGCACAGCAAACCUCAUGAGGAUAUUAUGGGAAUUCAAGGCAAAGCUGUGGAUCAAGUCCUCGGAUCUGGUUUGGCUCAGGGCAAAAGUUUCCUCAUGAACAAGUUCUCAACACUAAACCAGAAAGUGAAGCAAACAAAGACUAACGUUAACAUUGGAAACUUCAAGCCGUUGGGAAGACUAGGGACCUUUUCAAAGCCGGAGGUCAAGGUGAACUUCUUGAAGCCCACCUUGCAUGUGAACCUUUGGAAAUCUGACAGCAGUUUGGAGACCUCUGACGUCAAAGUGGGUUCUGGAGCCCGUAUUGAUGCGCAUUCUGUAGAAAUGUCCUCAGAUUCGGAUUCAUACAACUCGGACGAGCAGCCAUGCACAGGCUCUCGGGAGAACGUAGACUAUGUGCUUCCUAGCUGUGGAAUCGUAGCAUCUGCUCCACGCCUUUCCAGUCGCUCGCAGUCUAUCAGCAGUGUUGAGAUCGCGGUACCCUCAAUCAUCCGAGUCACAGGCUGUGAUAGCAAAACUGCAGAUACCUUGUCGGUUGGCCUGUAUGACUCUCCUGGUGCGGCCUCUGAAGCAGAGGAGGCCAUUCUGAUUGACUUUGGGACACCCAUCGAUGCCUACUGCCACCAGUUUGUCCAGGAUGCCAAGACCAAACCAAUAGAGGUGUUUGUGGACGUGGCCCAACCACCCAAACCACAGGAACCUCAAGGCACCAAAGCUCCAGCUCCAGCUGCAAAACUCGGUUCUUCGCUUUCCCAACAGCAGCUCCAUCGUCCUUCUCAGCUUGAGGUGGAUCCUUCAAUAUCCGGAGGAAAUCUUCUGACAGUCCAGCCUUCAGGUUCUGCAACGUCAUGCGGGUCACAAAAGAGUCUUGAAGGCAAUACAGGAGCCUCCCCAGCAGAUGCUAAUGGGAGCCGUGUCGUGUCACCCUUCGCUAAGAUCAGGAGCUCUAUGGUUCAGGUGGCUAGUUUGACCCAGGCCGGACUUACCCAAGGCAUUAAUUUUGCUGUGGCGAAAGUACAGAAAAGCCCAGAGCCGGAAGCUGUCAACGAGACUCAAGAAAAUGAAUUGCGAGCGAUGUUUACACAGUGCCAGACCAGGAUCAUUCAGAUAUAGCUAUGUGCUUUCAACCUCAUGUAUUUUAGUGUUAAUAGAACGUGACUUCCAGUAACAAUGGGUAGCGUAAACUCACACAAAUUCUCACCAACUAAUGUCACAUUCCCCCCAUUUAACCAAACCAAAGUUUACAGCCAGUGUUGAGUAGAAUGUAGUACAUCUAAGAUUAACCCGACUGAGUCAUAUCCUAAGCAUCUAUAUAACGCUGGUUUGCAUGUAAAGAAAUAGAUAACCGAGGUAGAUAAAGGACAAAAUUUUAUUGCAUGUCGAGACCCAGGAUGUGUAACCCCCCACUUGUGCAGUACACUUCCUUAAUUCACUGGCUGUUUUAGCUCAAACGUUUCUUAAUAGUAACCAGGUUUGAAUAUCAGUGGGCAGCUUAAUAUCACGCAUUAGAAAACUGGACACUAACAUAUUAUAUGGAUAUCUUCAAUGUGGUGUUUGUCAUAAAAAUAGGUCCAGAGUAGUUGUGUAGAUGGUCAGAUUAUAUUAUUCAAACUGUAAGUAUUAUAUGUAAGUACUGUAGCAACUCUCUAAAUGUUUAUAGACAGAGAAUUAUAUUUACAUGCUCUUAGGGUUAUAAUCAUGGCUAAAGAUGUCACAGGCUUUUUUUUAGGUCUCUUGAUGCAAUCGUGCAAUUUAUAGGUGAACUGUCAAGUGAAACAGAUAUUUAUUUCAUUGAGAUUAUAAAGUUUAUGUCUUAAUUUUACCUUCCUUAAUUUUUAUUCGUAUGCGGUGGAAUAAUGUAACAGUUGCUAUCUUUAGAUGCUCUGCUCUUUCCGAAGAGUAAAAACCGUAUGAAAGGAGACAGGUUUCAAAUACUGGUUCAAACCUAAAUAUAUUUGGUGUUUAAAGAUAAAGUAAAUCUGGCAAAGCAGAAAUCACAGUUUGUUAACAGUUUCUAAUGUUCCCUUGUUUAGCAAACUUAUUUUGCAGUCUUAAAUGGCAAGAGCAAGCCUUACUAAAUAUAUUAAACGCAGGUUUUUGACAAGUCUACCUUUAAAAUAAUUUUAUUUUAAGUCAGGUUACUUAUGUUUUGUCUGCAGCAUAGAUAAUAUGUUUCUAUACUCUGUUUGGAUAAUGUUAAGUCUCUUUGGCCUGAAUGCCAUUCCGUUUAGAUUUAGAAAAGUGAUAAGGAUCAUCUUUAAAACUGCUUUAGUGUAUUUUCUUGAUGCAGAAAGAACAUCAAGCGUUGCUGGAGGAUGUCCGGGGAAUCCUAUUCUAAGCCUGAAGUAGAUAGUUCACCCAAAAAUGUAUUAUAUACACAUCCUCAUGUCAUUUCAAACCUACACUCGAAGAUAUUUUGAAGGAUGUUGGUAAACAAACAUGGGACCCCAUUGACUUUCAUCGUGUAGACACAAAAUCACUGAGACCUUUUUCAAAUCAUUUGUGUUUCGGAGAUAGAGAGUCGUACAGGUUUUAAACAACAUAAGGGUGAAUAAAUGAUGACCAAAUUGAAUAUUUGGGUAAACUAUUCCUUUAAUGAGCAAUUGAGGAUUAGUUGUGUGGCCUGUGAGGCUCUUGGGUAUGAAAAAAUCAUAUUAGCCUUAAUGGCUGGCAGAUCAGUUCUGCGGACCACAGUUUUGCAAAGAUUCAUCUUUAUUCUCUCACAUUGCGCCACAGUGCUGUAGAAACGCAUACAUGUUCAGACAUUCCUGGAGCUGGUACGUCAUUUUAAUAACCUGAGCUUUAAUAAAUGAUUGCUGUUAUUCAAUAGCGAUAACACGUGCAAGAUUUGGUAGGAACUGGAUUUGGUUUUAUUUUUUUAACUGUAACAUGGCAUGCACUGAACUGUUCUUUGCUUUGAACUUGACAUUUUUUGGGCAGAGGUUUAUGCUAAGGUCAUGGUUUAUCAGUACGUUAAGACAUUCCUCUUGUUUUGGUUGUGUAUAUUUUUAUUUCUAUGCGCCAAGAGUUGCACUGUUCCUGUUCUUUAAAUGUCUAAGUGUAGUCAUUUGUCACAAAGUGCUUUUGAAUCCACCCUGUUUUUUUCCACAUUUGUAAGUUAACUGACAUGUCUCGUGUUAUAUCGUUUGUUCAACGGUCUUUAAUUUUGAAUGUGUCCGUGACAUUCACAUCAUUGUUUCCAGCCUUGGAACCUAACCUUUAUUUCAAAAUAGAGUAUUUAUUAAAAAAAUCCACAACCCUCUUCCCCAGUAUUUUCCUGUUAAACAUUAACAAUUGUGUAAACUGCUGUAUUUUAAAAUGUUUUGGGAUGUGUGGGAGGCUUUUUAAUUAAAUAAAACAAUGUCAUUUUAAAUAA